UGAAGCAGCGCCUCACAAACAGAGGAGCAGCGGCGCGAGGAGGAGCUCGCGGGGUGUUUUAUUUAUUUAUUUUUUAAAUACUUACGGAGUUCUGCCUUUAUCAGUGGGCAGAAAAAGAGGAGCGUCCUCGCAGGUCGGAGCUGAUGGAAGCGACAUGUAGACACGGCGGAGGACUUUGUCAGAGUUUCAGUAGAGAGGAGGAGGCGAAGUGAGAGCAACAUGCUGACCUCCGUUCUGCUCCUGUUUCUGCUCCUCUGUCGGACUUGUGUGAGUCAGUAUUCAAGCGACCAGUGCAGCUGGAAGGGAAGUGGUCUGACCCAUGAAGGACACACGAGGGACGUGGAACAGGUGUAUUUGCGUUGCUCCCAAGGCUCUCUGGAGUGGCUUUACCCAACAGGAGCAAUCAUCGUCAACCUGCGCCCCAACACAGUGUCCCCCGCCACCGCCCGGCUUUCCAUUUGCAUCAAAACCUCCACAGACUCCAGCGGUACCAACAUCUACCUGGACCGUAACGGAAGGCUGCGGUUACUGCUGCGCGAAGAGGAUCAAGCUCAGGGCAAAGUUCAUUGCUUUGGCAUCCAGGAGGGGGCGCUCUUCAUUGAGGCUGUUCCGCACAUGGACAUCAGCCGCAGGAUCACAGUGUUUCAGUACGAGCUUUUCAGCGACAGGCUGGGACCACAGGCACAUUUAUUGAGUGCACCCUGUAAGCCGUGCACGGAUGCCGAGAUGCUUCUGGCAGUCUGUACAAAUGACUUUGUGGCACGGGGCAGCAUCAAGAAGGUGGAGCAGGAGGAGGAGCGCUCAUCAGUCACGGUGGAGAUCAGUCGCGUGUACAGACAGAAGAUCCAUGUCUUUGUACCUACCGCAGUGAGGACACGGAGCUGGUUCGGCCACAUUAAGAUGCCCCUCCAAUGUGGCGUCAGGUCUGCUGAGGGGGACUUUCUCUUCACAGGGACAGUGAGGUUUGGGGAAGCCUGGAUGGGCUGCGCCCCACGUUACAAAGACUUUCUACAACUGUAUCGUGAGGCGCAGCAGCAGGGGAUCAACCCUUGUCAUGUGGACACUGACUAAUUGAGCUACCUGCUCACCCUGGGAAGUGGGACAAGCCCUCACUGAGUGGGGGGAAACAAGACAAACCAAGUGAUCGUGCUGAGGAGGAACAAACCUGCACUCGGCCCGAAAGACAGACUGGUGCAGUCGUGCCGACUCGCUCUCUCUCCUGGUGUCUCAUGAAUCUUUGGAGAUGGAGAAUGGAGCUCCAACAUGUUGCCAAGCAGCAUGAUAAUUGGACUCUGUUCCCAAAGUUGAACUUGAUGAAAGUGAAAUGUCUGAAAGUCUCGGAGAUGAGGAACGCCAAGGUUUUACAUGUAGCAGUUUUUAUUUGUAUAAAAUGUGAAUGAAUGUUGUAUAUGUUGAAGCACACAUGGUUUGUAAAAAGUUUGAUGUACAGUUUUGAAUCUAUUUCUUAUGACAGAAAUGUAUAAAGUUGAAAGCUUCUUUUUUU